AGUCAGUCUCGUGUGUCAAUCUCAUGCGGACGGAUUUUCGCGCUAAAACUUCGUCGUUGUGAUUUUCUAGUGUGAAUUUUUAUAAAUCUAAAUUUUAGCCAUGAUUACACUACUACUGAUUGCCUUAAUUUUUGUGUACUACCUGUACCAUUUGUGGACAAAUCGUGAAUUCUACCGGACAGCUAGAAAACUUCCGGGUCCACUUGCUUUUCCCCUCAUUGGUAGUGCCUACCACUUUAUCGGUUUAUCCAAUGAAGGAAUCUUGAAGGUUUUGGAUUAUUUAACAACGACAUUCAGCACCCCCCUGGGUUACUGGCUCGGCACAAAGUUCUUCGUUCUCCUAACAAAGCCCGAGGAUUGCCAAGUUGUCCUCACAUCGCCGCACUGCCUCAAUCGCGAUGAUGUUUAUGACUUCACGAGGAGUUACGCCGGAGAUGGAUUAAUCGCACUCAAGAAUCCCGCGUGGAAGGAGCACCGAAGAUUUCUCAAUCCCUGCUUCAGCCUCAAAAUCCUCCAGAGCUUUAUGCCAAUCUUCAACAAGGAAGUACAAACCAUGGUGGAACGGUUGAAGCUUCAAGCAGACAAAGGCGGAACUUUCGAUAUGUACAAAUAUAUCGAUGCAUGUACACUGGAUAUGGUUUGUCAGACCACCCUUGGGACCGAGAUGAAUAUCCAGAAGAAUGAAAACGAGGAAUUCCUCUAUGCGGGCAAUAAACUCCUGGAAAUCAUGACGCAUCGUAUUUUCAAGCCGUGGUACCACUUGGACUGGGUAUUUCGCCUCACGAGGAUGUACCAUGAGCAGAAGCGCUGCUCCAACAUCACGUACUCCUUCAUUGGGCGUAUUUUGCAGAACAAGAAGAGGGACAUGCUCAACAUGCCAAAAGCUGAACGCCUUGCGGGUGAGGAGGACUCAAAGGAUGGCUCAUUUAAAUCACCGCAAAUCUUCAUUGAUCAACUCCUCAAGCUCGAGGGGAGUCACUUCAACGAUUGGGAUAUGCUAAGUGAAGCUAGCACGAUUGUCGCUGCGGGCUAUGAAACAUCAGCAUUGAUGAUUGCCUAUGCUAUUCUAAUGCUAGCCAUGUUCCCGGAGUACCAGGAGAGGGUGUUUGAAGAAGUAAAGAGUGUUUUCCCGAAGAAAAAAUUUGACAUUUCCUACGAUGAUCUCAACAAAUUGGAAUUCACAGAAAGGGUCAUCAAGGAGACAAUGAGGCUCUUUCCAGCCGUUCCAGUUAUGGCAAGAAAUGCAACACAAACCUUUGACCUCAACGGCGUAACAAUUCCCGCGGGGACAGCAAUUGUGAUCGGCACAAUAUCAAUGCACAGAGAUGAAAAAGUCUGGGGCCCAAAUGCAAAGCAAUUCAAUCCUGAUAAUUUUCUCCUUGAGAAUUGGGAAAAGCAGCAUCCGUACAGCUUCAUUCCAUUCAGUGCUGGUCCGAGAAAUUGCAUUGGCUUCAAAUACGGCAUGAUGUCCAUGAAGACGGCUAUUGCCCACUCAAUUCGAAAUCUUAAAUUUUCAACAAAACUAAAACUGGAGGAGCUUCGUUUUGAGAUCGACGUGACGCUUAAACUGGUCAACGGGCACUUGGUCACAGUUGAGAGUGAUUUGAUUGAGAAAAAAUCAAAAAUGUUCGCUCUCAUUGGGAUCGUAACGCUUCUCACUUUGGCAUACUACCUGUGGACGCGCCGCGAUGUCUACCGGCUUACGUGGAAGUUGCCAGGACCUAUUCCCUUCCCAAUUCUCGGGGCUGGGUACUUGGUGCUGGGAAAAAGUCACGAAGAAUACCUGCAAAUGGUGGAGAAGAUGUUCAAGAAGUACUCAUCCUUCCAUCACUUCUGGCUCGGACCGCGUCUCUACUUGCUCGUGAGUGAUCCAAAGCUCAUCCAGACGAUCCUGUUCUCGCAGGAGGCUCUCAAUCGGGACGAUGUGUACGAUUUUGUGAGCCUCCUUGGGGACGGUGGAGGUUUACUGACGCUCAAGGGGCAAGAAUGGAAGACACACCGGAAAAAUCUCAAUCCCUGCUUCAGCCUCAAGAUCCUCCAGAGCUACAUGCCCAUUUUCAAUGAGCAAGCGGGCAUAAUGAUGAAGAACAUGAGUGCAAAACUCAAUAAGGGGUCCUUCAAUUUCUACGAAUUCAUGGAUGCUUGCACAUUGGAUAUGAUUUGCCAAACAACGCUGGGGACGGAAAUGAAUAUUCAGAAAGGACAGAAUCAAGAUUAUCUCUAUGCAUGCAAUAACUUAUUCGAAUUGAUCACAAUUCGAAUCUUUAGGCCGUGGUUCCAUUCGGAUUUCCUGUACAAAUUCACAGAUCUCCACAAGACGACGGAAAAACUGCGUAAGAUCACGUCAGAGUUCGUUGAAAAAGUGAUCAAGAGCAAAACAAGUACCUCUGAAGAUGCCAAAGACCGUGGCAUCGUCAAGGUAGAGCGUCGAGUGUCGGAAGACGAACUCACAUCGUACCGAAAACCACAGAUCUUUAUUGAUCAAGUGAUGGAUAUGUUCAAUGAGGGGAAGUUGGAGACACGUGAUGACGUCAAGGCGCACGUGGGGACAAAUAUUGCCACUGGCUUUGAAACUUCGGCCCUCAUUAGCAGCUAUUGCGUCCUCAUGCUGGCAAUGCACCCAAAAAUCCAAGAUAAAGUCUACGAGGAGAUGGAGGGAAUCUACGGGAAGAACUGCCGCAAUCCAAACGUUGAGUACGAACACUUCAACAGGCUGGAAUAUCUCGAUCGUGUGCUCAAGGAAACUCUCAGAUUGUUCCCCGUUGUGCCCUACUUUGCCCGCAAAGUCAGCAAAGACUUCAAUUUAGCUGGCCACAAAAUUCCCGUUGGUGUGAGGAUCAUGAUCAGCAUGAUCACAGUUCAUCACGAUCCCGCCAUUUGGGGCCCCGACGCGGAAUCCUUCAAUCCGGACAACUUCCUACCGGAGCGCGUGCAGACACGCCACCCCUACAGCUACUUCCCCUUCGGCGGGGGCAUCCGCAACUGCAUCGGCAUGAAGUACAGCCUCAUGUCCAUGAAGACAAUGCUGAUCCAUCUGCUGUGCAACUACCGCCUCAGCACGCAACUCCGCAUGGAGGAUCUACGCACAAAGAUCGACGUGACGCUGAAACUGAUCAACAAGCACAUGGUGUCCAUUGAGGCGCGCUAGCUCUACACGAGCAGGGGUACACAUCUCAUUAACUUAUUUGUCUUGCAAUUUAGUGUGUUAAGUAAAGAAAGCCCGCACAA